GUAGUGGCCUUGGGAGAUGUUCCUGAUGGGACACUGGUAACAGUGAUGGCUGGGAAUGAUGAAAACUACUCUGCAGAGCUGCGGAAUGCCACGGCUGCCAUGAAGAACCAGGUGGCAAGAUUCAACGACCUUCGCUUCGUGGGCAGGAGUGGAAGAGGGAAAAGCUUCACUCUGACCAUCACAGUCUUCACAAACCCUCCCCAAGUAGCCACAUAUCACAGAGCCAUCAAGAUAACAGUGGAUGGACCACGAGAACCCAGAAGACAUCGUCAGAAACUAGAUGAGCAGACAAAGCCUGGGAGCUUGUCCUUUUCAGAGCGCCUGAGUGAACUGGAGCAGUUGCGUCGCACGGCAAUGAGGGUCAGCCCACACCACCCAGCCCCCACACCCAACCCACGAGCCUCCUUGAACCACACCACUGCUUUUAACCCUCAGCCUCAGAGUCAGAUUCAGGACACCAGGCAAGUGCAGCCAUCUCCACCCUGGUCCUAUGACCAGUCCUACCAGUACCUGGGCUCCAUCGCCACCCCCUCGGUGCACCCUGCGACGCCAAUAUCACCUGGCAGAGCCAGUGGCAUGAGCUCCCUCACCGCAGAGAUCUCCAGUAGACUCUCAGGUGCUUCUGACCUGACAGCCUUCAGUGACCCUCGGGUGGGCAUCGACCGCUCUUUCUCCGCUCUGCCCUCCAUCUCCGACCCUCGGAUGCACUACCCAGGAGCCUUCACCUACACCCCCACCCCAGUCAGUUCAGGGAUAGGAAUCGGCAUGUCAGCCAUGUCCACAGCCACCAGAUACCACACAUACCUCCCCCCUCCCUACCCAGGCUCAUCCCAAGCCCAGGGCAGCCCCUUCCAGACCAGCUCUCCUUCUUACCACCUCUACUACGGAACCUCUGCUGGCUCCUACCAGUUCUCCAUGAUCUCUGGAGGAGACAGGUCCCCUCCACGCAUCCACCCACCCUGCACCAACGCCUCCACGGGCUCCACACUCCUCAACCCCAACCUCCCCAACCAGAGUGAUGUGGUGGAGGCAGAAGGGAGCCACAGCAACUCCCCCACCAACAUGGCAAGCACGGCAAGGCUAGAAGAAGCAGUGUGGAGACCAUACUGA